GCAAGACCGUCAUCUCGCCUUCGUUGACCCCGAGCAAGCACCGUCGCGCGGGUCUAGAGGUCACCCGACUGUCGCCGUCGUGCUGUGGAGGGCCUCACUGGGUGGAUUGCGACACCAUGACGGAGCCUCCCGUGGAAGCGCAGGAGGCUUCUGCUGAUUUCCUCACUCUGCGACAGCUAGCGCAAGGCGUCAGUGUGAGAGUAUCGGCACCGCUCAACAUUGCUCCAGAAGAGAGCGCUGGUAACCUGCUAUGUGUCUCAAACAAGAGAGGCUUGCUCCUCGCAGCGACAAACGAAGGAUUCGUUGCCCAUCCUCUCGAAGCAUUCAGGACACUCUAUGCGUCAUCAUCGCGCAAUGCCGUUCCCGAGCUCGAGCCGGCGUUCAAGCUGGACACGGUCAACGAGGCGUCGUUGGGCGCACGCGUCUCCUUCCUGAGGAUGGCAGAUGGCGAGAGCAAGGUCGUUGCUGGACUUGCCAAUGGUAAGAUUGCACUUUGGCCCACAGACUCUUUGCAAGUCGGAAAGCAAACGAUCAUUGAGUCGGCGUCGCCCGGUGCCCGGCUGCUCGAGGUGCUGCCCAAUCCAUCCGACAGACCCGAGCUGUGCUUGGCUCUGUAUGCCUCUUCGGGAGCCAACGGUGGCGCAGCAUUCGUUCUCGACAUCCGGAGUGGGAACGUUAUUGCUUCUCUGACAGCUCAGGGUCAGGUUGCGACGAGCGCAUGUUGGUCUGUCAAGGGCAAGCAGGUUGCGCUGGGAUUGCAGGACGGUACAUUGUCUCAGGUCACACCUGAGGGACAGGUCAAAGAUCAGAUCGCCAAACCAAAUGAUCUACAAGGCGACUACUACGUAGAACAAGUCCUGUGGAUCGAAAAUCACGUCUUCAUCGUCACGUACAACCAGACCUCAGCAGCAGGCCAAGAGGAGCCCGAGCAUAGCUACGAAGUCUAUACAAUCGUGCGAGGCCCGGAAAACAACAACAAGGUUGGCUUUGUUCGCAUGCCUGCUGAUCCAGCACCGGCUUUUGGCGAUACAUCCAGAAGAGGCCGUCGAUAUGCGGCCUGGCUCAAGGCGUGGAACCCUACCAAGCAUCUUGUCUUUGUCGCGAACACGCCAAGCACGGACGUCGGGCUUCUUGGAUCUGUUGCAGAUGAAAAGGGCUCGUCGGCUUGGCGGCUGUACGAGCUCGAGGAAACGAGUCGGCCUACGCUGCCAUUCUCAUCCCUCGACAGGAGCUCCGACACUUCGCCCGUUGGUCUGGAGCUCGACCUGACGGCAAAAGAGAAUGUCGACGACCCGUUAGCUGCGGCGAGAGGAGAGGAUGGGAAGGGUAAGCUACCACCGAUGCCCAUCUUGCUCAUCUUUACCAACGACGGCGUCAUUCUUGCCUACCACGUCAUCAACUUGGGUCCAGGCGCUAGCCGGUAUCCUGGCUUGGUCGAGUCAGUUGGUGGUGCUGUUACAGCUACCGCUACCGCUUCAGCUCCAGCUUCGGCUCCUGUGUCUGCUCCUUCGACUGCCACUUCCCCACCACCUGCCUCGACGACUCCGACGCCUACUUUUGGCGCGUCAACCACGCCAGGAGCAGGCUUCGGACAAGCCUCCACGUUCGGUCAGCCGUCGACCUUUGGCUCAACCUCUACGCCAAGCUCCUCUGGAGGCUUUGGUGCCUUUGCGUCGAAGCCUCCCACAGCAUUCGGAGGCACAGACUCAGGCUCUCCAUCCACCUCUUUUAGCUUUGGAUCGCCCUCGACACCCCAAGAGGCAGGAGAUGGCGAGGUGAAGACGGCAGCGCCGGCUUUCGGAAGCACUUCUGGCUUUGGAUCCUCAUCUGGUUUUGGCUCAUCAGCCGCUUCGGGCUCAAACACAACCACGGCACCUGCCUUUGGCUCCACCUCAGCAUUUGGCUCGUCUUCAGCCUUUGGUAGCGCUGGUGCAUUUGGGAGCAAGCCUGCCGCACCAGCCUUUGGUUCGUCGUCUGCCUUUGGCUCGGCUGCUCAAUCGCCAUCAACGCCCAACAAGGCGCCAAGUGCGUUUGGAUCGACUUCGACUCCUGCCGCUGGGACAGCUCCUAGCUUCGGCUCAGGUUCCGGAUCAGGAUUUGGCGGAUUUGCUUCCAAGGGCUUUUCGUCUUUCGGUUCGCCUUCCAACGAGAAGAAAUCCAUCUUUGAGAGCGGUGGCGGCAGCGACGACAAGGCCAGCAGUCCAUUCGGCGCACCUGCUGCUCCCGUGUUUGGCGGCCAGAGCGCCACCAAUUCUGGGUCACUCUUUGCACAGAAUGCCGAGAAGAGCAAAGAUGAGGAUAAGACAGAGGGCCAACAUGCAGCCAAUCAGGGGUCAUCCUCGUUUGGCUCGCUCUCGUUUGGAGGAAUGGGCGAUUUGCUGGGAGAAGGAGGGGACAAGGAAAAGGAAAAGAGCCCGCCGCCAAGGGAGAGUAAACCAGAGAUGAGCUCGAGCCCGGUGCCGUCGGCCUCUCCAUCGCCUUCUGCUGCGCCUUCGCCUGCCGCUGAGCCAGCACCGCAGCCAACAUCGGCGUUUUCUUUUGCCCCUUCGAAGACUCCUCCUUCGAGCUCUUUCCCCGGUGGUGCGUCAGCAUUCUCCUUUGCGAAACCUCCCGCGUCGACGUCUUCUACUCCGCCUGCAACCUCUGCCUUUUCUUUUGCGCCAAAGCCUCCGGCGUCGACUACACCAGAGACAGCAAAAAGCGCAUUCAGUUUCGCACCAGCAAGGACUGCCGAGUCAAAUGUGGCAGAGCAAGAAGAAGAACAGAAGGAGGGCGGCAAUGCUGACAGGGAAAAAGAUGAAGACGAAGCUAAAGAGCGUUUGGGAGGCGAUGAGGAGAAGGGAGCGGAAAUCAAAGUCAAAAAGGAAGAGGACGGCGAACAAAAUGAAGUCCACGAGGCAGGGCAGUAUCAAGAGCAGGAAGAAGAAGAGGACGAGGGGGAAGACGAUGAUGAAGAGGGCGACGAGACAUACGAGGAGGAAGAAGAGUACGAAGAGGGCGAAGAUGAUGAGGGUGAAGAAGGAGAAGAGGAGGAGGAAGAGGAGGAAGAGGAAGAGGAAGAGGGAGACGAUGAAGACCAGGAGAGAGACGAGCAGGAGGAGGAGACGGCUAGUGCGCGACCCGCACCGGACGAGGACAAACCAGCAGAGAAGCCGCUCCAAGGCGCCGGACAAGAUGCGACAGAGAGAGGAGCCGAGUCUGUGCCGUCUUCUUCGACCAAGUCGCCCUUUUCGUUUGCUGGAAGCUCGCAAGGUCAAAGCCAACCUCAGGCUCAAGCUCCCAAAUUCUCGCCUUCGCCGUCUUUCCACAACUUCAGCUCCAGGGCGCCCAGGAGCAGCUCGCCCCUAUCUGGUGCGCCACUGAAUCGGGCCGACCUUUCGUUUUCACCAGAAAAGAAGGAGCAAGCUCAGUCUCAGGGACAGCAGCCGCCACCAAAAUCCAACGUCCCUUUCUCGUUUGCUCCUCAGCCCACCGCUGUACAGAAGGCGACGCCGCCACCACCACCAGCAAUAACAUCACAGCCGGCACCACCUACGUUCGCUCCAAGUGCUCCAAGCUCCGGACUCAAGUUUAGCUUUGGUGGCCAAUCUUCAAGCGCAGGAUCGUCGGUUCCUGCCCCAAAAUUCUCUACACCAAGUCCGGGAAGCAGCAAUGGAAGUGGCGACAGUAGCAGGUUGACCUCUUCAACAAAUGUGGCGCCGACCUUCGGCGCGGGUGCGAGGCUACCGCCCUCCGUCGCCCCUGCCCCGAAUCUCUUCAAGCAGGACGAGCAAGCGCCUAGCAAAGCGCAACCAACCCAGAGGGAUCAAAGACCGCCGAGGCUCACAGCAUCGUCGAUUCCUGCGCCCGAGGUGAAGGAAGAAGGCUUACAGGGUCUCUUUUUAAAGACGUACUUGACAAUGGACAAGGAGCUACAAGUGCUCAAAGACCAGGUCAAGCAAUGCGCCUCGUUCCAGGCCCAGCUGCGCGAGCCCAGCGCAUCGUCAAAGGGUAUGGAGGAACUCCAGGAUGCAGCGAGCUGGACGUUUGGUGAUGUUGAUGAGUUGCUCAGGCUAGUGCGCGAGGUGCAAGAGAAAGCGACACACAUGGAAUCUGGUUCCAAGACGGCACGAAGCCGGCUGGCUGAGCUGCAGAGCUUGCAGCUCAAGGCCGAGGCGAAACGGGAGGAGGCGGCCCGCUUCCUACGUGCUCAUAUUGAUCCGGCAUUUGCCAAGAUGGUCAGAGUGCGGCAGCUGGGCCCCGAGCAUGUCGAGAAUCGGGAGAGACUCCGGAUGGGAAGUCAGCAGGUCAAGGAGCGCAUCGUUGAGCUGGAAGAGUAUCUUGCAACGACAAAGACCAAAAUAGCCGACCGAAAGCUGGCUACGUCGUCUGGAACGUCAGGUUCGCCAUCCUUGAAGGCGCCUUCACUCGACACGAUUCGGCGGACGAUUCGGAAUAUUACGACAAUGGCAUCUAGCAAGACACUGGAGCUUGACGAGCUCCAGGCACAGCUGGACCUCUUUGGCCAACCUAGGGCAAGUUCCUUAUCGAGCUCUAGAGGUGCGAGAAAGCGCGAAAGCGAGCCACUGUCGACUCUUUCUGCUCUGCGCGAUGCACUGCCAUCUAGCAGCCAGGCAGACUCCAUUCGUUGGGAGGCGAAUCAGGCUAGGGCAAGAAAGGCAAAAGAGACAUUCUUGCAAGUCCGUCACCAACCUCUCCUCACGAAGUCAUCCUCAUCGGCCAAAAGUGGAGAGGUAGCCGACUUCAAAGAGUCAGACCUCCGCAUUCACAUGGCCGGGCCUGUCCACAUCCGAGAUCGCGCACCACCGCCCAAGCCGACGGCUCCAGCCCCAGCUUCUGCUCCUACUCCUGCUCCUGCUCCUGCUGCUACACCAACUUCAGCGUUCUCACAGCAGCAGCAGCAGCAGCAAAAGCCAUCGUCAUUCCAACAAGGUGGAUUUGCACCUUCGUUUGCAGCUCCGCCGUCGUUCGGAGGAGGCGGAGGAGGCGGCAGCUUCAAGCCAGAUUUGUUCUCGCUACCACCUGAAUCUGCACCCUUCAUGCCUGGCGGUGGUGCAACUUCGACGGGCGGAUCCUCGAGAGGCCAUCACUCGAAGUCGAGUGGAGGAGGGAGCAGCAAGCGUGUGCCUGCUGUCACAUUACCUUCGGCCUCAAGAGAUGGUAACGCUUCGUCUGUCUCUUCGUCUCCAUCGACCUUUUUCGCGUCUCCUCCUCCUUCGGCGGCAUCCGAAAACAAAGCCUCGACGUCGAUUGCACCGCCCAACUUCUUCUCCUUUGCGAAGAAUCUGCCUGCCGCGCCGUCCUCGACAGCCGCGUCAUCGAGCGGCCCGUCCAACGGAUUCAGCUUCGCAAACAACAGUGCCAAGCCGGCCCCUGCGACCGCCGCUGUACCCGCAGGUGGAACGUCGCUACAGUCUGCCUUCUCCGGCACGGCGGGCAAAUUUGGAAGCGGUGGACCUGCAUUUAACUUCAGAUCCUUUGCGGGACCAGAGGCGCCGAAGCCGAUUGGUACAGCAGACGAAGAGGGAGACGAAGAGGAGGAAGCGCAGCAGGAGGAAGAUGAGGAGGAAGAUGGGGGCGAGGAAGAAGAUGGCGAUGAUGGCGAGUGGGAUGACGAAGAGGAGGAGGAAGAAGACGACGACGAAGGACUGAGCGCCGUUGACGAGGAAGAGGAGGUCGAUGGGUCUGAAUAGUCAACUCAAAAGGAGAUCAAGGC